AUGGCGUCCUGGACAAACUUGUAUUUUGGCACUCUGGUGGGCGCUGCCUUUCCUGAGGCGCUUGAGAUUCAGAAUGGUUGGUUUGCUUUGAUUUUUGAGUUUAAUGUUAAUCAGACGGAUCACAAAUUAUUCAUUGCUUGUGGAUAUCACAGUCUUUCUGUCAACAGACUCAGGGUUCAAGCCAGUGUAUCUGAGGUGUCUGAUGCAAUAGGUUUCUGGGAGAUGGGCAUUUGUAACGCCGAGUCAGCGGAGAGAGAAAUGCAGGAAAAGAAUAAGGCGCUUGAGACACAGAAUGACCAACUCCAGAAUGAAUAUGAAUGGAGAAAGGCUCGCAGUAAAACAGAUGACAUCACUCUUGAUGCAGGAACAGCCCACCCCAACCUCUCAAUUUCUGAGGAUCAGAAGAGUUUUAAACAUGAAGCCCAACCUCAGAAAGUUCCACCAAACCCAGGGAGGUUCGAUUCAACUGUCUGUGUAUUAGGCUCUGAAGGAUUCUCCUCUGAAGAGCACUACUGGGAGGUGGAUGUCACAAACAGCACUGACUGGGACAUAGGAGUGGCCAGAAAAUCUAUACAGAGAAAAGGAAAGAUUUCUCUGUCCCCUAAAGAGGGAUUCUGGGCUCUGGGUCUGAGUGGGAAAGAUUAUUGGGCAAAAACAGACCCAUGGACCCGGGUCAUGGUGCAGAAAAAGCCCAAGAAAAUUGGAAUUUAUUUUAGUUGCCAAGACAGGCAGGUGACCUUUUUCAAUGUAACUAAUAAGUCUAUGUUGUUCACAUUUAAUGAUUGUUCAUUCUUUGGAGACGUUUAUCCAUUCUUUAAAAAUUCCCACAAAGAAACAAUAAUGAGAAUUUCUUCAAUUAAAGAAGAGGACUAAAUUUAAAAUGGCAGUGAUGCUCAGUUUUGUUGACCAAACUAAUCCCAAAAGACUCCUGAUGCAUUGUGACACUCUUGACCAAACCAAACCAAAGUAUGAGAAUGCUUUGCAGCCAGAUGAAAGGCAAAGUGGAAAAUCAUUGCCUGUGAAAUUAUAAUUACAUGCAUUGCUAAUGCUGCAGGGGUGGCUUCCCAUGUAACGGAUGCAACUUUACUGGAAUCCAUAAAACUGAACUCACAAAGUGAGCUAUUAAUUAGAAAUGAACUUUUUUUUUUAUUACUAACUACUAGUUUAUCUGGAUAAGGCAUAUUAGUAGCUAAGAGUAAGGAAAUAAUAUUGCAUAUUAUACUGAUGUAGCUGUGCUAGACCAUAUAACCAAUCUUUGAAUCAGGUAUAAAUACAGGUGAGGGAUGUGUUUUCAGAAUGGGCUGGCAAUGAUUGACUUUUCCUUUCUGUAUUAUGCUGUGUAAUCUUUGAUAAAUAAUUUUUCUUAAUAAAUGUUGAUGGACCCUAGUUAUUUGGCAUCUCAU